CCCCACCAAACUUUAUUACUAGACGGAUCGAAAAGUUGAAGGCCCUUUUUAAAAAAAGCCUGUACUGCAUGGUGUUAAAUUCAUGCCGUGUCUUGUCAUUGGGUGGGGAAUAAAAGAUGCGUCAAGUUCUUCUUGCUUCCUGCCAACUCAUCUCAACUAUUAUGCAAUAAUAUAAUUGGAUUUCUCAUCUUCAUAUCACAACAGACAAUCCGUGAUGGACUCCAGGUCUCGCAGGCUUCCUUUUUGUCUGCCCAGCUCAAGGCUGUCCUACACAUCCAGUCCAACGGUCUCCUCUUCAUCACUUGGCUCCAGUAGGUUGUACAGUAGGGACACUGUGCUGAAUAAUGACCGCUUCCCGAGGGCAUCAUCAGCUUACAAAGCUGACCUGGACCACCAGAGUUCUCGUCUCUUGAGCUCAUCCAGAGACUACAGCGGCUCUGACAGUCGCUCCACCAGCUGGAAGUUGCCCUCUUCUCUGACAUCCUCCAGCAGAUCUUAUGAUCGCCCAUGGGCUGAAUCCUCUCUCAGCAGCAGGACCAAACUGACUGAUUCUGAGGCGAGGUUGGGGAUGCGAUCCGGUCUGUUGAACGUCAGUGAUGAUGCCGAUACUAAAAGGGCCAAACUGUCAUACACCAACAGAGGACUGUACUCAAGAACGGCCAGCAGCUCAGUCACAGGAUCCUCCUAUUCCAGUACUGGGCUCAGCAGUGGCAGAAGUACAAGUGAAAAAAAAAAUGACACGUAUGAUUCAUCGUGGACUUCAUGCCGUUUACUUUCCCGGUCGUCAUCUUCCUCCUCAAAUCCGCUGUUGUCCAGGAGAGAGCUAGACACAAAGAACGAGCCCAGUCUCCCAGGUUUGGGAGAAAGAAGAGCUCGGACUCCUGGAUUGGCUUCCUCAAUGUAUCAGACAGACAGGGUGGCCUCCUCAUAUGCACAGGGAGCUCGGCCUAAAGAGACUGCCUACUCUCCCUCCUUUUCUUCCUCCUCCUCCUCCUCCUCAUCCACUGCUAGAGAAAGCUCCCUAAAUCGCCACCUCUCAUCUUCCACCUCUCACCGGUCUUCUCCUCUGGCGCGCGACUUCAGCAGCAGAACCACAUCCCGUUUCUUGAACGGCUCAUCCACCCUCCACUCAUCUCCGGAACCAACAAGAAUCCCUGACUCCACUUCGAAGAUCUCCUCCUCUUACUCCUCACACACCUCCAGGUACACUACUCCACUGCCCAGACCAGAGGCCACCCUGCCUCCAAGGCCCGCCCCUGAAGGUGGAGAGCCAGAUGGCCGUAGCUCCACUCGACGCCUUUUGUCCCGUCUCUUUUCACGGCGCUCCAGCCAAGACUCUUCUAGUGGGUCUUCCAGUGUUCGCUCCCUUGAUGAUGACAGUCCAUCAACUGGUGGAGAGUCUGUGGACAGUGACGAGGGACCCAGGAUGUCUAGUGUGGAGCCUGACACCGGAGGGUCAGAGGCAACCUUGGGUAGCCUCAAGAAUCGUAGAGCAGACCUUUCCCCUAUCCAGGAAAACAACGAUGGCUAUCGUAGUGGCCUGUCUCGGACCAGAACGACAUCGUGGAGAGAGCCUGGUGUCGGCAGUAGUAAUGACACCACCAGCAGUGGAGGAGGAAGCAGCUACUCCUGGCUUUCCUCCUCCCUCCGUGGCCGCUGCCCUCCCCUCCUCUCUCGCCUGAGAAGACAUCGGGACGAGAGUACACACUCGGCUGCAGGCUCAGAAGAAGGCUACAGCCGUCCGCAGCAUUUACUGAGAAGGUGGGAUGACCUUGAGCAUAAAGCAACGCAGGAAGAUGAUGAUGACGAUGAUGAGGAAGAUGAAGAGGAGGAGGAAGAAGAUGAAGGAGCGGUUGGUUUAGAAGCCUUUGGUGCAGGUCGUCCCUGCAGGCUCGAAGAUGAAGCGUUACCUGAACUCGAAGAUGCCUCGGUGGAAUUUUCGCCACGCCACAGAGUCGGAGUAUAUGACAACAUUUCAGUGUCUACGGGUCCAUUCGGUGGUGUUGAGAGCCCAAAGGAGAAAACGGUUUCCAGUACGGAUCAGGAGAAGCUGCGCAAGAUCAAGGAGAGACUGCUGCUGGAGGAUUCUGACGAGGAAGAAGGCGACCUAUGUCGAAUCUGCCAGAUGGGGGAGGAAUCUGCAUCUAACCCCCUGAUCCAGCCGUGCCGCUGUUCAGGCAGUCUGCAGUACGUCCACCAGGACUGCAUCAAGAGGUGGCUCCUCUCCAAAAUUGGCUCAGGCACAAACCUUGAGGCCAUCACAACAUGUGAACUCUGCAAGGAGAAACUGCGUUUGAACAUAGACAACUUUGACAUUCAGGAGUUAUACAGGACCCAUGUGCAAUCAGAAUAUGAUGAGUUCAUCAGCAGCGGUCUCUAUCUGGUGGUGCUGCUGCAUUUCUGUGAACAGAGGUUCUCCGAUGUCCUGGGAGCAGUCGAUGCAGCUGGGUUAUUCAACCUGGUGAGAAUUCUUCAUGAACACAUGGACAAUCUUGAAAUUCCCCAUGGGGAGAGUGACGAGGAGAUGCGAGACAACAGACCAUCUAUUGACUUUUCCGACCUGGACGACGAUCUUGAAGAGGAGUACUAAUUAUGUGAAAAUGGUGGAUCGAGGGUAAAAAAGAAAAAAAGAAAAAAAAAGAAGUGGGUCACUCCAUGCCAUAUGGUAGCUCACCCAGUUUCCACACAUGCUUUGACAUCGUCAUGUUCAUCUGAAAUGCAGGGGCAGUGAGAAAUGCCAAGUGCACAGAACAUGUCUCGCCUUUGUUGCAGGUGGCUUUUGCAGAUAUGCAAAACUCGAAAUGAACUAGUGUGUAAAAAUAUUUUGGUUGACACCACUGAAUUUCUGUUUCUAUGAGAGUGCACUUUAUUCAGUUAUAAUUAAAUUAAAAAAAUGCAAGUCUUUUUAACUGUUAAACCACAAGUGCUUUAAUGUUUAAACGAAAAGGCAGGAAUUGAAAGAAGGACAACAGUGUCGAUUUGUGCUCAAGUACAGAGGCUGUGGCUCAGGAGGCCGAGCGGGUUGUCCACUAAUCGGAAGAUCGGCUGUUCGACCCCCGGCUCCCCCAGUCCGCAAGUGUCCUUGGGUAAGAUACUGAACCCCAGAUUGCUUCCGAAGGCUGUGCCAUCGGUGUGUGAGUGUGUGAAUGAGUAUUUAGAUUAGAUCCUGAUGAGCAGAUUUGGCACCUCGCAUGUAAAGCGCUUUGAGUGGUCGGAAGACUAGAAAGGUGCUUUAUAGAUGCAAGUCCAUUUACCUGUGUUGAUGGUAAGAUGGAUGCUUUUGGGAGAGAAUAUAAAAAGUGGUGAUUAUUCCUUUUUAUUGUUUUCCUCUUACUUUUCCCACUAUAUGUUUAAAGGAAAAAAAAGAGAACAACUCAACAAAUGAUCUUCGUCUUUGUUUCAGUGUUUGAAAUGCUUUAUGUAUGUACAAAUCUAGUUUCAUGCUUUCAGUUUUGGAAAUAAAGAUUGAAUGCAAAUGCC